UAGCCGAUGGACUCUCGUAUGUUUACACGUGAGAUCUGAGCAGAGCUGCAGUUUCUUAAGUCAAGUGUUUAAAUCUCACAUGCUGUUGUUCGUCCAGACUUCGGUUUAAAAUGGGAAAACUAAGGAAGAAACACAACUGGAAGGGGAGACAACAAAGUGAUGCUCAACAACCAGCCAGUGAAGAGAAGACAGAGAUUGUGGUGGAGCUACAAGAUGCGGACAGACUGAAAGGUGUGGACGAGAGCAAUGCUUUGGUCCUUCCAGCCAACAAAGCCAAGAAGAAGAAAUCCUCGCUGACGCCAGUUUCCAGCAAAAAGCCGCUCACCAAGAAGCAGAGAAAAGAGCUGCAGAAGGUCCUGGAGCGCAAAGAGAAGAAAUCUCAGAGAGCAGACAUCCUGACCAAACUGGCCGCGGUGCAACUUCCAGAAUCUGAGCUGAAGCUGCUCUACACGACAUCCAAACUGGGAACAGGAGACAAGCUUUACCAGAGCAAACAGUCAUCAGAGGAAGCAAAAGAUGGAGACUCAGGUCCAAACAUCAGCAGCCUCAGUGGAGCGAACAGGAAGAGAAAAUGGAAAGAAGAGGAGGAGGACGAUGAAGACGAGCAAAAGGCUGAAGACAGCAGUGAUCUGGACACAUCGUCUGAUGAAGAAGAGGAAGACAAUGUGAAUAAUACUGCAGAGAUAAGUGAACCUAAAGAAAUGGAGACCAAAGAGGAGGUGAAGGAAGAGCAGAAAGCUGCACAGCAAGAUGAACAGAAAGAGAAGAAGGUUUUAGAUCAGACAGAAGUCCCAAACAAGAAGCCAUCGCAGCCGGCUGUCUUCAUUCCUGUCGACAGAUCACCAGAAAUACAGGAGGCUCGUCUGAAGCUGCCGGUGUUGGCGGAGGAGCAGGUCAUCAUGGAGGCAGUGAGAGAAAACCCCUGUGUCGUCAUCUGUGGAGAGACGGGAAGUGGAAAGACCACCCAAGUGCCUCAGUUCCUGUAUGAAGCCGGAUAUGCCAGUGACGGUCAGAUCGUUGGCAUCACAGAGCCGAGGAGGGUGGCGGCCGUCAGCAUGUCCCACAGAGUGGCCAAAGAGAUGAACCUGCCCACACAGGUGGUGUCGUACCAGAUCCGAUACGAAGGAAACGUGACGAGCGACACGAAGAUCAAGUUCAUGACGGACGGUGUUCUGCUGAAGGAGAUUCAGAAGGACUUCCUGCUGACCAGAUACAGCGUGAUCAUCAUCGAUGAAGCGCAUGAACGGAGCGUCUACACAGACAUCCUCAUCGGACUGUUGUCUCGUAUCGUCCCGCUCAGAAACAAGAAAGGCAUGCCCAUGAGGCUGCUGAUCAUGUCGGCUACUCUGCGGGUCGAGGACUUCACAGACAACCAGAGGCUGUUCAGGAAGCCUCCACCAGUCAUCAAGGUGGACUCUCGGCAGUUCCCCGUCACCAUCCAUUUCAACAAGCGCACCCCGCUGGACGAUUACACCGGAGAGGCCUUUCACAAGACCUGCAAAAUCCACCGGAUGCUGCCUCCAGGUGGUAUCCUGGUGUUUCUGACCGGUCAGGCUGAGGUUCACAAUCUCUGCAGGCGACUGAGAAACGCUUUCCCCUUCAGGAAGAGUAACACGACCAGUGCUGAAGAUGAGGAAGGAGACACGUCAGAGGCGAUGAGGAAGUUCAAGAAGGCCAAACAGAAGAAGAAGACGGUCUCUCUGCCCAGAAUCGACCUGGAUAACUACUCUGCUCUGCCGGUGGAUGAAGGUGAUGAAGACAGAGAGGCCGGGAUCGGAGACGAGGAGGACGGCGGCUCGGACCUCGACAUCGGAGACGAUCCCGAUGAUUCAGAGGAGAAGGCUGACCCGUCCAUCCCUCUCUACGUCCUGCCGCUGUACUCUCUGUUGGCUCCUGAGCAGCAGGCUAAGGUGUUCAGGCCGCCUCCACCUGGCACUCGUCUGUGUGUCGUAGCCACCAAUGUGGCCGAGACGUCUCUGACCAUCCCCGGCAUCAAGUACGUGGUCGACUGCGGUCGAGUCAAGAAGCGUUUCUACGACCGAGUGACCGGAGUGUCGUCCUUCAAGGUCACGUGGACCUCACAGGCCUCAGCCAAUCAGAGGGCGGGUAGAGCUGGACGAACAGAGCCGGGACACUGCUACAGGUUGUACUCUUCUGCAGUGUUUGGAGACUUCAGUUUGUUCUCGGAGGCAGAAAUCACUCGCCGGCCCGUGGAAGACCUGGUUCUACAGAUGAAAGACCUCAACAUAGACAAAGUGGUGAAUUUCCCCUUCCCCACGCCUCCCUCUACUGAGGCUCUGGUUGCAGCAGAGCAGUUACUGGUGUCACUGGGAGCUCUGGAAGAGCCGCCUCGCACUGGAAGGGUGAAACAGAUGCAGCAUGCGAUGCUGAGUUGCCCCAUCACCCCCGUGGGCAGAGCGAUGGCCUCUUUCCCUGUGACGCCCCGUUACGCUAAAAUGUUAGCGCUCGGGAAGCAGCAGGAUUGUCUGCCGUACGUGAUUGCUAUCGUAGCAGCCAUGACAGUCCGGGAGAUUUUUGAAGACCUCGACAGACCUGCACGUAGUGAAGAUGAGAGCUCCAAGCUCACCCAGCGUCGAGCUCGGCUGACCCAGAUGAGGCGGCUGUGGGCUGGACAAGGAGCUGCACUCCAGCUGGGGGACCUUAUGGUCAUGCUGGGUGCUGUUGGUGCUUGUGAAUUUGCUGGCUGUACUCCCAAAUUCUGUGAAGAUAAUGGACUGAGAUACAAAGCCAUGAUGGAGAUCAGGAAGCUCAGAGGACAGCUUACUAAUGCAGUGAACGCAGUGUGUCCAGAGGUGGGAGUGUUUGUGGAUCCCAAGAUGACUCCACCAACGGGGCACCAGGUGGUUUGCUUGCGGCAGAUCGUUCUGGCCGGACUGGGAGACCACCUUGCGAGACGCGUGCAGGCAGAAGAUUUACUGGAUCCAAAAUGGACGAAUGGAUACAAGACGCCUCUUAUGGACGACCCAGUGUUCAUCCAUCCUAAUUCUGCGCUGUUCAAAACGCUGCCAGAGUUUGUCGUCUACCAGGAGGUGAUGGAGACCACCAAGAUGUACAUGAGAGGUGUUUCAGCAGUAGAAGCAGAGUGGGUUCCUCAGCUUCUGCCUCAGUACUGUCACUUUGACUCUCCUGAGGAGUCGCCGUCACCGUGGUUCUGCUCCUCCACCGGCACCAUCAGAUGUCACCGCAAAAGCACCUUCUUCCGUGUGGCUUGGCAGCUGCCUGCAAUGGAGAUGGAGUAUCCGGACGGACUGGAGCGCUUCAAGCUGUUCGCCAGGUUUCUUCUUGAGGGACAGGUUUGUCCUAAACUACAGAAACACAGAGACCACCUUCUGUCAAACCCCUCCAUCAUGCUGAAAACAUGGGCAAAGUUGCAGCCCAGAACGGAGGCUUUACUGGGACCACUGGUGUCACAGAGAGUCGACAACAGAGACGCUCUCAUGUCUGCCUGGAAGACUGACGAUAAAUUUUUGUUGUCUGCGUACUGCCAGUGGUUGCCCGAAUCCACGCACCAAGAUGUGGCCAAAAGCUGGCCUCCGAUAUAAAGACCUGCAGCUGAAAAGCAGAGAUAAUGGACAUUUGAGUAAAGACUUAACGUUGAGUUCCAUCUCAGCCAACGUCUACGUCUUCACCGUUGGAAGAGCCUCUUGAGACUCUGCUGGGUUUUCUUGUUUUAUCAAAGUGCAACUACAAUCCCCUCAACACUGCCAUUUCUCAGUUUUGUAUUUUAUACACUGUACCUGUGAAUUGUAAAGUUAUUUUCAGGCAGAAAAUAUUUCAAACAAGCUUCGUAAUGACUUUUAACUUGUUAUUGACAUGCUGCUGUCUUUUCUGUAUGUCUGAUUUGGUCUUCAUAAGACUUGUAAAAGAUGUGACCAUGAAAAAGG